AGAUUAAUUUUCAUUAAUGCUAUAUCUACGAGAAUUGAACAAAAUACAACUAUAGGAGAAUAUUUGUAAUAAUUUCUAUAAUAAGAGAUAUUUUUGCAACAAACAAAAAUUAAGGAGGCAAAACUCAACAUCCCAUUGAUGCAAAGAGAAAAAAAAUAACCUUUUCUUUUUCUUCUUGCGGAGCGCACAAGGAAGAAGAAGAUACGGAGCUGUGGCAGAGCAGAGUGAGGCUUCCAUGGAGUUCAGACCUCGAAAUUACUCCGCCGACCGUAUCACCCACGCGCUACAUCGUACACGUACCGACAUUCAUCCUCUAUUAGCUCCAUCGUCUCAGUCUCAACUCCAGAUUGUUGCUGUGGACAAUGGAAGCAACAACUUCUACGAUCCUUUGAGAGCUUUGGAUGACAAUGGAGCAGUCUCUGUGGAUGUUUUACAAGAAUCUGAUACUAAUUCUACUGUUAAACUUACUAAUGAAGCUUCUAUGCAAAACCCUGAUAAAGAAUGGAUCUCUUUCAAGAGAUUUUUGAUGCAAAGAUUUCCAGUCUCUAAAAUGGUUUCAGUUUCUUCUAUGUCUGAUGCAAUAAUUAAAGGUGGUGAAACAACAUUCGAGAAAUCUUCGACAAGUAAACAUUUGGAGGAGUUGGAAGACCCACAAAAGUUCAUGGAAGAGGGGGCUAGAACUCUUACACGGCAGGAAUAUGUCUCCUCUCUACAUGAACUCAAGGAUGAGAUUGUCCGUGCUUGGCAUGCUGGCGAUCGUGUCACAUCUUUAAAGUUGUCUAUAAAGGUUGCUAGGCUCUUGUCGGAUACAUCAGUAUCACAAUUUUAUGGUACUGUAUUUGUUCUUGCUACAGAAAUUAUGGACAUGCUUGGGGAUUUAGUGUGGGAGCGCAUCAAGCGAAAAGCUGAAUUUUCAGAAGAUGGAACCAAAUUAUACUCUCUACCAGAAAACUUUGAAACAAGUGAUAUUUGCUCUGAGGCCAAAGAAACUUGCUAUAAUUGGUUUUGCAAAAUUGGUGCCAUCAAAGAGCUACUUCCACGCAUCUACUUGGAGCUAGCAAUAUUGCCUUGCCGACGUUUUCUGCAUAACAAUCAUGCAAAUUGCCUCCAACGCUUGGUAAUGAUGACACGAGGGUUAGCAGAUCCACUGGCAUCUUCGUAUUGUCGUUUAUAUAUGACUUAUAGUUUGCGGAAGUUGCCCUCCUAUGACAUUGUAUUUCUAGUUAAUAGUGUUAAUGACAUCAAAACGAUGUACUCGCGGAUGAUAUUAGCAAAGGGAGGUGCAGAGGGAAAUUUGAAAAGCAAUAUGAGAUUGCUUGUCACUCUGAUGGAACCAACUAUUGAGUUUAUCAUGCAAUGCAUAUUUAAGGAUGCCUCUGAGAGACAGGCAAAAACUGUAGUCAUGGAGCUUGGACUAGGAAAGAACGAAGACGACUUGUUUGGAGCCUUUCCAUGUGUUUCGGUGGUUCUUCAUCAUCUACUCAAGGUGCUUCCAAUUGAAAUAGUUAGCUCUAGUGCAGUGAAAGUCCUUCAUCUUAUUGAAUGCAACUAUGAUUGUUCCUUCAAUCAGUGCUUGAAUUACAGAUUACUUGGAUUUAGGCUUGGUGAAAGUAAAUCUCAGAUAGAAGAUGCCAGCGCUGUGGUUGAUAAAAUUAUCCAGGUCAUCAGUCACUAUGACAGCUUUGAUGAGUACUUGAAAGUUGUUGAUGCUUUUAUGGAUAUCAUUCUUCAAAAUCACAUGGAUAACCAUUUGAAUACCAUUUUAGAAGGUAUGUCAAAGCAAGGGAGCAGUAAAGGAACUACCGAAAGUGAACAAACAAGCUUGCAGUCCAUCCUGGUGAAGCUUCUAGAUCAUCACAACCAUGUAGAAGAUAUGUUUGCUUUGAACCAUUUUCUUGAUAUUUUGGACGUAAUGUAUGGGAGCUCACAAACCAUUGUCAAUAUGCAUAUCCUUAACAUGGCAACAAGGGAUGGUUAUAUAUGUGAUCCAACGACCAUACAACUACUUUUCGAAAUAUCUCAGGCUUUGUAUGAUGGUAUUGAAUUUGCAAAUGUGAAGGAUGCAGAUAACCAACCAGCACGUUUGAUUUCCCGUUUUGUUAACAUGGUUGAUUAUGGGGUAGCAAUGGAACGUCAUUUAACAUUUUUAGUUGAAUGCCGUGCAUCUUUUGGUGGAAUCAAUGGACUAAAGGAAAUUCUUAUUCACUCGAGCAAUUGUCUAGCCGUCAAGGCUUUGAAAUGUGGCAAUAAACAUCUCAGUUUUAUCAAAUCCUGUAUAGCAUUUUGUGAAGUCACACUGCCUUCCAUUUCGUCGCAAGUUAGACAAGUAAAUCUUUACCUUGAGACAGCUGAGGUUGCUUUGUUGAGCGGUUUGGUUUCUCAUUCGGAUGGACUAUUAAAUUCAGCUAUCAGUUGCUUGCUAAGCUUAGACAUGAUGGAGGGCUCAAAAAUGGUGAAAGAUGUUGAUGAAAUACUAUCUUCAGUUCGCAAAUUAUGCAGUCUCUUGAUUAUGGUCCCAGGUAACCCUGAGAUUGGAGCUACUUACUUCCUCAAAACCAUUUUAUCACUUAUGAACUCUCAGUCAUGGGUGAAACCAAAAAUCAAGGGAAAGAUUCUGUGCUCGCUAGUGUCACUGUCUGCAUCCCUAUCUCAAAAUAAGCUUCCUUACAGUGCUGAUUGUGGGAAGGUUCUAGGAAAUGAUUGCUUAUUCUAUGGCGAUUUAUCUUAUACACAUGAACUUCUGUCAUUGUCUAAGCUGAUUCUGCAAGACUUGGUUGAUUCCGUUCAGCAAGAACCGUCGUUGGUUCCUCGUGGAAACCUGGCACUAGAAGCUUGCAACUGCAUUGGAUCAUCUUUCAACCCAAGUCCAGAAAUAUCUGCAAUAUGCUUCAAACUGAUGGAAACUGCGAAGUCAUGUUUGAGCAGGAGAGAUGUAUAUUUACAGUCCACUAUCAAAUUUUUGGGUAAACGCUUUCCUCCUCUUUCUUCAUUUGAGAUUUCAUCACAGAUUUGUGUAUGAUAAGCAUGUAAAUGCUAAAUUUUAUUUGCACCUUCAACCGAUUUCCCUUCACUAUAUUCGUAUUGAUAUAGUUGACCCUUUGGCACUUUUCUCUUACGAGUGCAAAAUGAAUACAUUUACAAACUUCAAAAGUUUGAUCAA